AUGGCCAAUGGGUUGGACAAACUGGAGCGGCUGUUCUCCAACAAAAAGAAAGCUGCACACAGCCGUCACACAUCCGAGUCUUACAUAAACGGCAGUAUUCCCGACCCUCGCGCGCUGCCACAGGAAGCCGCCUCACCGUGCCAGUUCCCCCAGUCCCCCUUCAUAAGACCAAAGGCCAAUGUGAUGCAACCGCGCAACGAGCUUCUGCGCUGCUCCCCUCGAUCUAUUGCUCGCACCAACUCGUCCAGGUCAAAAAGAUUUAGCAAGACGUCAUCAGCUGGUGACAGCCUCAAAGAAACGAUGAGUGAUCGACGUCGACCCAACAGCUACUCCACGACCGCCUCAUUCCAUAUCCCCAGCAGGACCUCGUCGCUCCUGUCGAGAAGAAAUGACAGAUUUCCGGGAGGGCUGGUUCAGCUGCAACUCCCUCGUGAAACCGCAUUCGCUGAUGGGUCUACACAAUCCAAGCCGUCUUCAGAGGCAAGAACAUUGCCCCGCAAGGGUGAGAAGCCGACCACCACCAUCAACACCACUACCAUCCAGAGAGGUUUGUUGGAUGCUUUGCCAAUCUACCCAGCAGCGCGAGUCGAAACGCCUCCGCCCUCAGAUCAGGAUGAGAUCAGCUUUCCCUCACUUCCCCAGCAUGGACAUAACCCUUCGACAGUCCUGCUACAGCUCACACCAGAGCCGUCUCCUGAGAUGACCCCCCAGCGCGACUCACCGCUCAGUGAGCCCAAGUCAAGCCCUGGGGUGAAGAGGGAGACGGCAUCUGCACCAUCCAGACGUGCCACAGAUGCAAGUGCGCCACUGCUGCUGGAUGACGACUGGCGAGACCCAUACAUUCACGAUCCUCAGAGCAACAGCACCAGCACCAACACCAGCACCAACACCAGCCCAAAUACAAAAGUCGUCUUCCGCGACCCUCCUGUCGAAGACUUCCUCUCCAUGACUUACGAAGACCUUGCUGAGGUUAAAAUGACCUACCCAUCAGAUCCGCCCCCGACGCGCGCACCUCCCCCACCCGUCCUGCCACCAAACGCUCUCUCGCCAUUGUCGCCUGUGUCGUCCACAUCGCCCAUGUCACCCAUUUCUCCCGUGUUGCCCUUGGUUCGCAGUCCGAUGCCCUCCUCAUCACCCGCAAUGGCCUAUAGCCAGGUAGCUGCCUGGGAGGCCGCACGAAUUGCCAAGAAGUUCGAUUUCGAUGUCGUUUACGUCGCCAACUUCUGGCCGGCCAGGAUGAACCAUCUACACAACCCUCGGAAACCAAGCACAAUGGCAGCUGUCUCGGACCUGUCGCCCACCUCAGCGGCCUCGUCUGCCAACAGCUCCUUCUCGCAUUCUAUACCCGCCUCGCUGCUCUCCUCACCUGCCUCUGACCGGCACACCACAGCGACGCGCAGCUCGACCCCGCGCAACUCCCUCCAAGGCGCGACCUCCUCAGCACACAUGCCCUCGGAGCUUUUUGCCCAGCCUCUGGUCCCCAAUCCUGACUGUUGCCCUGAGUCAGGCAGGCCUGUACGCAACUCCGGCCCGAUGAGAGGCUGCCUCCUGGCGGGCUACGGCCUAGAGACCAUCGCCGCGCCUUUCAAACUGAACACGAGAGUCCACAAGAAGAUCCUGCGCACCGUUGGCUGGAUUGAGCACCGGAACAGUGCCGCCAAGGAGAAUGAGUUUGCGCGGGGCUAUGCACGGUCGUUCUACACCGGCUCGACACUGCCUUUUGCCGCUACGCCUUCCACGCCGAGACGCUCAUCCGCACCGGAUGCGUCUGUACAGGCUUCGUUUGCUGCGAAGUCUACGCCAAGCACGCCGCCUCCUCUAUGCACGAAGGAGGGCCCCAAGAGGCACGAAAUUGCGCAGAGCAAACACAACGUCAAUCGCGGCCUGGUCUUUGUGGCGUAUCGUCGGCCUCGCGGUCCAAGUGGUUCGGUAAACAGCAGCACGGCGGAACUGGAGGCGCUGGGAAAGGAAGCUGAGGCACUGGUGGAAUUGAUACUAGAUUUCCAUGUGGAGAGAAGACGUUGGGAGGCUGCCCAGGAGGCAAGGAGGGCGAGCGGAUGA